AGGUAAGAGGAAAACGCAAAGGAGAAGUUAGCAGAUGCUGAUGGAGAUGGCGAGGAAAGCUAAGAAUAACGCGAAUGCGAAGAUGUCUCUGGAUGAUUACCUCCUUCUCCUCCAGUCUGGCUCCCACCUCCACCUCACCGUCAGCCAUCUCAAUCAGAUCAUCAGCAUGCACGGCUACAAGAAGAUCCACAAAGUUCACAAGAAGCUUCUGAGCGACGCCGUGAACUCACUGCAGCUGCUGAACCCGUGCCGCUCCACGCUUAGGGACUACAUCUCGCCGUUUGUGACGACGAAGAUGGAUGACGUCUUCGCCGACCUCAGCGAUCUCAACUGGCAAGACUGUUGCAUCACCUCCAUCCAAACCCUCAGUUCGUGGGAGGACCAGUCCCCUCCUCCCCCAAACGGCGCCGUCCGGUUCCAACACUACUCGCCGUCCACCGCAGCCCACAGCGUGAUCGUUUCUGCUCCCGGACCGACCAAGAAGAGAUCGGCGAGGAAGAGGAAGCGGACUGCUAAAGUGGCCGAUCUGGUAAAUCUCGCCUAAGCCUAGGGGUAUUUCCGUCUAUUAGCUUCGGACCGAUGAAAAUUCUGCUUUCUCACGAGUAGUGCGUGAAGAGGGUAUUUCGGUACUUCCGCAGGUGUAACUGGGUUCUUUUAGUUUUGGGCACUGGAUUUUCAUUACAAAAUUGAUUUGGUAUUUUACUUAGUUGUAAGAAUUUUAAUCACUAUGGUGUUCUUACAAGACCAACAAACUAAGUACACAUAACAUUGAAAUUGA